AUGUGCUUGUUCUUGUGUUUCUGUCCUCUUUCCUCAGAGGCGUUCAGAGCCCCGGUGUUCCGGGCCGGCUCCGAUAAGAACGGCUUCUCUCUGGGUUUCCGGAAGAAUAUUGCUCAGGUGUUUGGAGACCAGAAGAAGUUCUGGCUGCUGCCCGUCUGCACCAGUCAGGGAGACGGCCUGACGUUCCCCACCCGGCUGGUGAGCGCUGACGUGGAGCAGCAGGCCACCGUCACCCUGCAGCAGGAGCCCAGCAACAGUGCUGCUGAAGUCCCUGAGAGUCCUGUGAGCGAGUCUCAGAACUGCCUCCUGAGCAGCGAGCAGAACGCCAACCACGUCGCAGAGCAUCAGGAGAACAACACACACACACCAGCUGAAAGUGAAACCAUCACAAUCUCCAUCGAGAGCGAGUCCUAACGAGGUGAGAAACACUUCUUCAGGCUGUAGAUUCGGUACAAAUCGGACUUUCUUCCCUCAUCCUGUUUCCACGGGAGAACGUCCUCACUCAUCCUAAUUCAAUGUCUUAAGCAACGCAACAGUUCAGAUUUUUUUAACAUGGCAACGGUCUCCCAGAGCAACCGCAUCCACACACCAUACAGUAACCAUGGAGAUGCAUCAUUUUCACCCAACUGUGAAGCAUCUAUUCUACGGCAUUGGCAUUUUUUCGCAUGCUAAUCUCACACCUACCUACCCCUGGAGGACACGAUUGCUCCCUCUCACACACACACACACACACACACACACACAUUCAGCUAUAUAC